UAUAUUUUUAUAUCAAUAGAAAUCAAAAGCAAAAUGGCCGACUGGGACGAAAUCAAGAAACUAGCGGCUGAUUUUCACCGUGUUCAGCUAACCAGUACCGCUCACAAACUCUCAGAGAGAAACUGCAUCGAGAUUGUACAGAAACUAAUCAACACGGGACUUUUGGAGGUCAUAUACACGACAGAUGGCAAAGAAUAUCUCACGCCGCAACAGCUUGAGAGAGAAAUAAAAGACGAACUUUUCGUCCACGGAGGUCGAGUGAAUCUGGUGGACCUUCAACAGAUAAUAAAUGUUGAUCUUAGCCAUGUUGACAACAAGGUCUCUGAGAUUCUUCGCCAUGACAAGAGUCUCGUCCUUAUUCAAGGAGACCUUAUUGAUAAGGAUUACCUUGAUCGAAUGGCUGAAGAAAUUAAUGAGACCCUACAAGAAGCAGGCCAAGUGUUUAUAGCUGAAUUGAGCAAGACGUUCUCUCUCCCCACUGACUUUAUGCUGGAGGUUGUGGAGUCCAGGCUUGAUAUUCAGAUCAUGGGCAAGCUUGAUCAGAUGGAUAGAAAUGUGUUGUAUACCCAUGCAUUUAUUGCACGCCAGACCGCCCGUAUGAGGGGAGUUUUGUCCGCCAUCACAAGGCCAACACAGUUUUCAAAUAUAAUCAGUAAAUAUGGGUUCCAAGAGAAGCUGUUUUAUUCUGUGAUAGGAGAUCUGCUCUCCAGUAAACGCAUCAUGGGGAGCACCCAAGGGCGGCAGGAUAAGAUCAGCUUUGUCCCGGAUGUUUAUACGCAGGCCCAGAACAACUGGGUGGAUGACUUCUUCAAGCAAAAUGGUUAUGUAGAAUAUGACGCCCUCACCAGGUUAGGAAUCACGGAUGGCAAACAGUUCCUCAAGCGACGUUACCAUGGAAACGAGAUCUUCUUGCCAACAUGUUGCGUCGGGGAGAGAGUUCUAGACCAAGCAGAUGCGGCUAUAGAUGACGCGCUAUCCUCAGGGACCUGGGUUGAUAUCAUGCCCCAUUUGCCAACACCCUUCACACCCGACGACGCGGAGCAGCUGCUGCAGCAUUGCCUGAAGACUCCAGGGCGCUCUACUGCGCAUGUGUACUGCUCCAGUAUUGUGGCCAGUGACAAGUUUGUUGAGGCAUGCAAGGCGCCCUUUGAAACGCGCAUGCAUGCCAAAGCCAAAAAGGACGCUGCAGAAUCCCCUGCACUUUUCGCAGAAUUGUCCAAGAAAGAUCUCGCUAGCCUGAAAGGCGGAGGAGGUGGUGCAGACAGACGCGAAGCCCGGAAAGAGGAUCGCAGGAAAACGGCGAGCUCGGGAGGCAAGGGGGGAGGCUCUGUUGGCGGGCGUGGCGGCCGUGAAACGAAAACUAAAAAGGUGAAAAAGAAGGAUUUCCGUAACAGGAAUGACGAGGAUGAUACUAACGAGGCGGACUCUCGUUCCAAUCCUGACGAGCUGCAGUUCAUGACGACAGAGGAGAUAGCCGAAGUGCUCAGGAAAGACCGUCCAGAUAUUGAUGACGACUUUUUAGAGGAGCUUGCGCAAGAAAUGCACAGGCCGCUGACCAGAGCAUACCAGCAGGUAGCUCGUGCUGUGCUCCAGUCCUCCGGUGACAAGAAGAGAAAGAGUCACGCCGAGAUCCAAGAAAAAGUCAACGCCCUGUGGUCUAACGCGAAGCUCUUCGACAAGUCUAUCAACUUAUUUCCUGAGGAUGUUCAAGUCCACCUAUCCCGCCAUCUCCUGCGCACAGUGUGCACAGACAUCACAAAUCUGAUGGUUAACAUGUUAGCCGCUGACCACAUGCUUGCCGUCACCGACGAGACUACAAUCACGCCAGAGACGCGACUGAAAAUAAUCAAGAAAAUGCCAGAGGAAAUCAAGGCCCCCUUGACAAAGCUCAACUCAUCUCUCACUGCUAAGGAAACUGAAGAGUUUUUCGCUCAGUUUGACCUGGUAGCUGGGCAAGGAUUAUGCGAACUGAUGAUCAAAAAGCUUGACAAGAAGAAGGAGAGACAAAUUUCGAUUGAGCGGAGAGCGGCCUUGCAGGAGCAGUUACGUCACGAAGAUGAGCCCGCAAUGACGUUACAUUUAGCGGUCAGCUUACUCUUCCAGCACUUCACAUCCAGCCUGCUUCACGCGCCCGGUCGAUGUGUCCCACAAAUCAUUGCUCUCCUAGCUGAACAUGUGACACCAGAGCAGCACGAAAUCCUCCUUCGGUGCCAGUCACUCGUGGUAAAGCAACUGACGCGGUCAGGAUCGGACGAGGUCGAGGAGGAGGCUGGUGACGAGCAUGAGAACGAGGCUGGGGUUGAGAAAAGUACUGCGGUACUGCUGGAGGAAGGUAUGCGGGAGAUCAAGAAGAUGGUCCUGGAACUCAAGAAGGACAAUUCCAAGAAUGAAUCGUGACUAGUUCCUGGAACUCAAGAAUGACAAUUCCAAGAAUGAAUCGUGACUGUUAAAUAGUCAUUUUAAAUAAUUCACUAAGCAUAGAAUAUAAAAAAAAACAAAUAAAAAUAUCCAAAGGGCAA